AUGGAUCAAAUGCUGCGCUGCAAUGCCCUAAAGUGCCGAAAAGAGCUUAGAGACCGAGCAUUGGUGACCACCUGCAGUCAUAUCUUCUGUACCGACUGCGCUGCCCGUCUAGGCUUAACCGCACAGCGACACGAGCAUCGCAACUCGUGUCCGGCUUGCGGCUGUCAGUUAACGAACCCCGACGACGCUGUCAUUUCGAACCUCAAUCCCAGCGAAGACUAUAAGACUAGCGUUCUCAGUGGCUUGAGUCCUAAUAUUAUCAUCGAGUGUACAAGCCGGGCUCUCAGCUUUUGGGCCUAUCAAGCCACCCAAGAAGUAGUCUAUCAAGAAUACCUCGGCAAGACUCUCACCGAGAAAUACUCGAACCUAAGCGUUCACCUAGACAAGGUCAUAAAUGAAGCAAAUUUAGAGAUCACUAGCUUACAAGGCAAGCUUACUAAUAUGAAGAUGGAUCAAGAAAGUCUUCGUAGAAAAAAUGAAGAGUUGACGCAGGCAUACAAGGAGAAAAACCGAAAGUUUCUUCAGGUUCAGGAGUUGUACGACAAGCUUAAGCGAAAAGCAAUGCUUGGGCAAAUGCAAGAUGCCGCCGAGGAUGCAGUGGAUUCAACCCUCCAUGGCCCAUCAGUAGGAGUCCCUCAGUUCGAAGGCACAAGCGAAAACCCUACGAAUUAUGGAGGGCAUGGAUCACCGUAUGGACAUCAUAAUCCAAUAGUCCACGAUCAACAGAGGGUACCAGCCGGAUACCAACACCAGCCUGGGAUUCAAGGCUAUGGAAGCAGCUGGCCCAAGAUGGGAGCUCAAUCAAAUAUCCCCAUUACUCCGUCAACGCAUCGUCAACGCGUUGGCGAAUCAGCAGGCAUUGGCCUGUCUUCCAUUCCUGGCCUCGUAAUAGGAACCCCCCAAACGCAGUCAGGCCGUAUCAACACACGUCCGCCCCUAGGUUCUACACCCCCCAAUGGCUAUCAAAGCUCCACGAGGUUUCCUCCUGUUGGGUUAAGUUCCGGGCUCAAGAUUAGUCAAGGCGGAGGGAAUCCCGACGGGUUUGCCACCUCGACGACAAGACCACGGGCGGCUCAUCGACCAGCGCCGAUGUCUGCGAAUUUUAACCGGCGACCAACUGGGGGACAACCAGAAACAAUUCUUGGCGGGAUUCGAAGUGGGUUUACGAAUCUUUGA